GCUCGGGAAACGUGGGACGGCGCCGGCUCUGGUUACGGAAGCGGACGGUGCCGGGCUAUCGGGGUUCAAAAAUGCCUCGCGCUUUUCUGGUGAAGAAGCCGUGCGUCUCCACGUGCAAGAGGAACUGGAGCGAGCUCCCAGAUGAGGAGCGCGGCGAGAUCUACGUGCCAGUCAGCCUGGGCUUCUGUUCAGCACAGCCCUACCGGGAACCGGAGCCCUCGGUGGCUGAGCCCCCUUCUUGUCCCCUGGCUUUGGACAUGAGCCUGCGGGACUCCAGCUAUAGCGUGGCUUCUGGACCCUGUGUGGUGGCCCAGCUGCCCUCUGAAGACAUGGGCCGCUUGGCAGACGCCCAGAGCAGAGACCAUGGCUUCUUGCGCACCAAGAUGAAGGUGACUCUGGGGGACAGCCCCAGUGGAGACCUCUUUACCUGCCACAUCUGCCAGAAGACCUUCACCUACCAGCGCAUGCUGAACCGCCACAUGAAGUGUCACAACGAUGUCAAGAGGCACCUCUGCACCUACUGUGGGAAGGGUUUCAAUGACACCUUCGACCUGAAGAGACACGUCCGCACCCACACUGGCGUGCGGCCCUACAAAUGCAGCCUGUGUGACAAGGCCUUCACGCAGCGCUGCUCGCUGGAGUCUCAUCUCAAGAAGAUCCAUGGCGUGCAGCAGAAGUACGCGUACAAGGAGCGGCGGGCCAAGCUGUACGUGUGUGAGGAGUGCGGCUGCACGUCCGAGAGCCAGGAGGGCCACAUCCUGCAUCUGAAGGAGCACCACCCCGACAGCCCGCUGCUGCGCAAGACCUCCAAGAAGGUGGCCGUGGCGCUGCAGAACACCGUCACCUCCCUGCUGCAGAGCAACCACCACCUCUGAGUGGCCUCGCCACCCUGCUGCUGGGCCGGCCACCCUCCUGCGGCCCCUUGCUGGAACACGUGCCCCCUCACGCCCCGGACUCACCUCUGCUUGUGUUCGCAUUGGUGUGUGACGGGUGGAGGCUGAGCCGAGCCCGGGCAGAUGUAAGUCUGGGGUGAGGGGCAGGCUGGGACUUCCGUCCCAGAGGAGGUGUGGCAGGGCGGCCCUGUGACCUUCCCCCUGGAGCACAGGGGCGGGGAGUGCUGGCCCCUCACCGACGGCAGUGACAGGAUCACUGGCAAAAAGCACUCUGAACUACCGUGGCAGCAGCGGAGCAGGUGAUGACCUGCUUGGCAGUGGUCCUAACGCCCAGGGCCGCCGGGGCUCGGCCCUCCGAGGGGAUGCGGACGUGGGCGUGGCUUUGAUCUGUGCGCGUGCGCACAGAGGAGGGCUUUCCAUAUAUCACCUCAUUUUUUAAAAUCAGUGACAAGAUGCCAAGGAAACUUUCCUUUUUUUUAAGAUGGCAAAUGUACAGAUAUUAAUAUAUUUUUGGUGCCAACGAUGACUAUUUUUAAGUGAGAACAGAGCUGGCUUAUCUCCCUCCCCUUGAUGUCCUAUUUAUCCAAGGAUUUUACACCCCUGGGCUGAGGCUCUGGGGCAGCCGCCCCGUCCCACUGCAGGGUGCUGCCUGCGGCGUUGGGCCUGGGUCCGUCCUCUGCUGGGGGGACCCACCACCCCGGCAGAAAGGGCAGCCUAUCUCGUCUGUUCUUCCCUCCCGCACCCUACCUCGGCGAGCCUGGGCCUCCUCAUCUCCUGAUGCCAGACCUUUUGUGGAACAGCUCACCGUUCUGGGGGUCAAGGACUUGCCCAGCUAGAGCUUGAGGGGUGAGCCAGGUGGACUGCAUCUCCAAGACGGCCGGCAGCGCUGAGGAAAAACCCCUAGGACAACAGCCAAAAACUGGACAGAGUGUCAACCAGACACAUCAGCAACCUGGGGAGGGAGGACGGUAUUAGAUGGCUAGUAAGUUAAUAUUUGUAACUUUCUUUCUGACAGUUAAUAAGUUAUAUUUGUAGCUUCUUUUCUGUUUUUGGAAUAGCAAGGCUGGGUCUCGAGCCCCUAAGGAGAGAGCUGCCAUCUCUGGGCCUGUUGGCUCCACCUGAGGCUCCCCUGGCUUGGCUGGGUUUCCUGUUAAUAACAGGAAAGGAGGUUGGGCCCAAGGGGAGAGCUGGGCGGGGGCGGGAGCCAGCCUGCUGGGCCGCCCCUGAAGCCAAAGCCCAGGCAGAAGGAGCCCAGGCCAGGGAGAGCAGCAGCGGCACAGGCCCCACCGAGGGCCGGGGCCUCGCCUACUCCCUCCGAAUGGAAGACUCUUGUUUUACUUUAGAGCGUGUGGGAGUUGCUGUGUUCUGGAAGUGCUAUAGGAUAAAACAACAUGAUCUGGAAGCUUUGUUUGUUUACAUGUGUGUAUCCCUGUGUUCGUUGCCAACCGGAGGGUGUCACAAGGCUCUGUGUUAUCUAUUUUAUUUUGUAACCUUCUCCCCAGCUAUUAAAA